CCUAUUCCCUUCCCAAUGGCGACGACCCACCGCCGCCGCCCCCUCCUCCUCCUCCUCCACCUCCUCCUCCUGCCCCUCCUCUCCCCCGCCGACGACUCCGCCGUCAUGUCCAAGCUCCUCUCCUCCCUCUCCCCGCCGCCGCCCGGCUGGUCCUCCACCACCCACUUCUGCAAUUGGACCAAAAUCAACUGCGACUCCACCUCCUCCUUCGUCACCGCCAUCAAUCUCGACUCCGCCGCCGUCUCCGGCACCCUCCCGCCGGAGCUCUCCCAGCUCUCCCACCUCAAAACCCUAGCCUUCCAGAAGAACUCCCUCUCCGGCCCCCUCCCCUCCUUCCAGAACAUGACCUCCCUCGAGUCCAUCUUCCUCGACACCAAUGCCUUCUCCGCCGUCCCCGCCGGCUUCCUCUCCGGCCUCGUCAAUCUCCAGAUUCUCAGCAUCAGCGACAACGGCGGCCUCCCGCCAUGGCAGAUCCCAUCCUACCUCACCCAGAGCACCAAUCUCGUCUCCCUCUUCGCCAGCAACGCCAGCCUCGCCGGCGCCAUUCCCGACAUCUUCGCCUCCUUCCCCAACCUCCAGAAUCUCAGGCUCUCCUACAACAACCUCACCGGAUCUCUGCCGGAAUCCUUCUCCGGCACCGAGAUUCAAAACCUCUGGCUCAAUAACCAAAUCCAAGGCCUGUCCGGCACGCUCGAUGUCCUCUCCACCAUGACUCAGCUCUCCCAGGUCUGGCUCCACGCCAACACCUUCUCCGGCGGGAUUCCCGAUCUCUCAAAAUGCACAAAUCUCUUCGAUUUACAGCUCAGAGACAACAGACUCACCGGCGUCGUCCCGCCAUCGCUCAUGACCUUGCCCAAUCUCGUCAACAUCACUCUGCAGAACAAUAAGCUUCAAGGCCCAUAUCCCAAUUUUCCGGCGAGAGUAAAAGCCACCAUCGGGACCACCAACAGCUUCUGCUCAGACACUCCCGGACCUUGCGAUCCGCAGGUGACGGCGCUCCUCGCCGCCGCCGCCGCCCUCGGCUACCCGAUGACUUUAGCCGAGUCUUGGCAGGGAAACAACGCCUGCAACGAUUGGAGAUUGGUUAACUGCGAUUCACAGGGCCGGAUUGUCACCAUCGUCAACCUCCGGAAGCAGGGAUUCUCCGGCUCCAUUUCGCCGGCGUUUGCGAAUCUGACAUCGUUGAGGACUUUAGUGCUGAGUGACAAUAAUCUCACAGGCGUAAUACCUGAUGUCUUAACUACAUUGCCACAGCUUCAAAGUUUCGACGUUUCAAACAAUAAUCUAUCUGGGCCGAUCCCGAAGUUCCCGGAAAGGGUAAAUUUCGUUAGUAGUGGCAAUCCGUUGCUCGGUACUAACAUUGUCGACGGUGGCGGUGGAAGUGGGGCGCCGGGCCCCCGAGGUGGAAAUGGGAAUUCAAAUAACUCAUCAAAAGGGUCUAGCUCGGGCGCGAUAAUUGCCGGGAUUGUAGUAGCCGUUGUGGUGUUUGUAGCCGUAGUUUUGUUUGUUUCUUACAAGUGUUUCGUCAAGAGACGGCACAAGAGGUUCGGUCGGGUCGAGGAAGGGAAAGAAUUGGUUAAGCCUAACGGAAGCGACGGGGGAGGCAACGGAUCGUAUGUAGGGGUUCCGAGUGAUUUACAAAGCCAAACGAGUGCGGGCGAUCAUACCGAAAUUAACGUGUUCGAAGGCGGGAGUGUGGCGAUAUCGAUACAAGUUCUUAGGGAAGUGACGAACAAUUUUAGCAAUGAGAAUGUAUUAGGAAGGGGCGGGUUUGGGGUGGUGUACAAGGGGGAGUUGCACGACGGGACUAAAAUAGCAGUGAAGAGAAUGGAAGCCGGCGCGAUGGGGACGAAAGGGAUGAGGGAAUUCCAAGCGGAAAUCGCCGUCCUAACGAAAGUCCGGCACCGGCAUUUGGUGGCGCUUCUCGGAUAUUGCAUCAACGACAACGAGAGGCUAUUGGUUUACGAGUACAUGCCGCAAGGGACUUUAGGGCAACACUUGUUCGAGCGGAAUGAGCUCGGAUACGAGCCUCUUACGUGGAAGCAAAGGGUGACGAUAGCUUUGGAUGUGGCGAGGGGUGUCGAGUAUCUUCAUAGUUUGGCUCAACAAAGUUUUAUUCAUAGGGAUUUGAAACCGUCGAACAUACUUCUCUCCGAUGAUAUGAGAGCCAAGGUCGCCGACUUUGGAUUGGUUAAGAAUGCCCCCGACGGGAAGUAUUCUCUUGAGACACGGUUGGCCGGGACGUUUGGGUAUCUUGCGCCCGAAUACGCCGCUACGGGAAGAGUGACGACGAAAGUUGACGUCUACGCAUUCGGAGUCGUACUGAUGGAAAUCAUCACGGGUCGAAGGGCCCUCGACGAGACGGUGCCGGACGAGCGAUCUCACUUGGUGACAUGGUUCAGAAGAGUCCUCAUCAACAAGGAGAGCCUCCGAAAGUCGAUCGACCCGAUACUCGACCCCGACGACGAGACCUACGAGAGCAUCUGCAAGGCUGCUGAGCUGGCGGGGCAUUGCACGGCGCGCGAGCCUUUCCAGAGGCCCGACAUGGGACAUGCCGUGAACGUCUUGGGACCGCUCGUCGAGCAGUGGAAGCCGUCGAAACCGGAAGAAGACGACGGCUACGGAAUCGACCUCCACAUGAGCCUUCCUCAAGCCCUGCAGAGAUGGCAGGCCAAUGAAGGGACUUCUAGAAUGUUCGACGAUUUGUCUUACAGUCAGACGUCGCAGUCGAGCAUCCCGUCGAAGCCGUCGGGAUUUGCCGACACGUUCAAUUCGACGGAUUGUAGAUGAUGUGGAGGAUAGAAGGGGUGUCGUGAUUCGGACAUGGAUGGAAAUUGGCGAUCGAGCAAGGUAAGUAGUUGUCCUUACACUACAUCUACAUGGUUGUGUAUUUAGAAAUCGAACUUUGAGGAUGAUCGAUGAUGUUUGUAUUUAAUUUAUUCUUUUUCCACUUGACUUGGUUUGGUCUUUAAUUUGUUCGUUGUAUUGAUCGAAUAGAUCAGCUGAGAUGUGACUGAUUGAACAACAUGAUUCAUGGUUUUUCUUACUUACAGUUUCUUGCUUU